AUGACUAAAUCAUCACCUCCACCAUCACCCACUCGUACUAACGCUUCCAUUACUCGAAGAAGUACUCGAGUUCUCAACAAUAAAGACCACGUUGGCAUAAAGAAAUCCAAUGUCUUGAUCAACAAAAGGACCAAGAGUAAAGAUUUAAAACACAAGAAAAUCAUCAAAAAAGGUCUCAAUGCUUCUCCUCAACCUGUUCGCAUUCGCAUCACUGAUAUUCGUGAUUUUAAAAAGCAAUUUGGCUUGAUAUCGUAUCUAGUACGUCGUGAAGGCUAUAUCGAUGACAUGUGGGUCACAGAAAGCGCCAUUGAGAAUCUAGAUGUUGUUCAGGACUACCAUCGCAAAGUUCAGGCAGAAUCUGGUUAUUCUAUUAUUGAAUCUGAUGGAAACACCGAUAUGGAUGUGGAGGGUCCAUCUGAUAACCAACAACAAGAGGAAGAAGGACAAGAAGCAUCCGAGUCCAAUCACAAGAGGCCAUCCCGUACGUCAAAGAUUCGAGCUGUUUUGGCAUUGAAGCAAGCCAGGUUUAUGGAUGAAGAUGAGGAUGAGGAUGUAUCUCAUGGAAAGAAGCGCAAGUCGACUGCUGGUGGUAAGGAAGGAUCUGCUGCUUCUACUAAUGGCGGUAAUAAGAAGCGUGCUACUGGCAGUGGAACUGGAAGAAAGACCAAGGCUCAAGUAUUAUUGGAGCAACAGGCAGAGGAUCGACUUGAACGAAAGAGAGAAAGAGAGGUCAAGGACGGCGAAGCCAUUCUUCGAUCCAUGGACCAUGUUGAAGGCAAGGACUGCUGCUUGAAAUGUGCUGCCAACACCUAUCGUCAUUUGCUUGAAAAGGGAGAUUUGGAGGGAUUCAAAAAGUGCUUUCAAGAUGCUCGUAAUAUCCCCUUUCAUCAUCACGAGGAUAUUCCCAACGGUCUUCAUUUGAUUCCUUAUGCAAUUGUUUUGGAGAAGUUUGAUUUUGCCGAGUUUGCUACCAAGUUUAAGCCUGAUGCUAAUGCCCCUACUCGUCCUGUGGUUCCAAACAAGUAUUUUGUAUAUGACAAUGGUACUGGCCAUAACAGAGGUGGAGGGGCUUAUGGUAGCCGCAAUUUCAGGCAGGUGCAAGAGUCGAGAGGAAAUCGAUUGGGUAACUCUGCUUUCUACGGAAAGGGUGGGAAUUCAUUGCCGAGAAAGUCCUAUAUGAAUGUCGAGGAUUCCAUAGGAGAAAGUGGUCUCAGUGCUUAUAUGCCAUACAUCAACAAGGAUGUAUUCAAGAAAUCUGAAGUCAUCAACAACUUUUUGGCCACCAUUACAGGAAAUGAAGCAAAGAAUAUUUAUUUUGUGGUUGCUUCAGGUAAUAGAGUGUUGGCUAGUCAAAUGAUUGAGGAGAAUGUAAAGUCUAUGGGUCGCAAUACGUUUAAUCAUCUACAUGAACAAGUUCUUAAGUAUGAUGGUUCUCAAGCACUGGAAAGCUACAGAAGACCUCAAAUACUCAAAAAGGCAUUUGACGCUUGCAACUUGACUCCCUACCAUUGCUCUGCUAUCCAUCCUGCUGCUACCUAUCUAUCCGAGUUAUUUGAAGCCCUGGAUCAUGCUGAACGUUUGGAAACCGAUGUCUAUGGGCGCUCUGUAGCAUUUUAUGCCGCUGUCAGUGACACUUCUGCUUGUAUGGAGUUCCUGAUCUCCAAGAACUUUAACGUCACCAUGCACGACAAGUUCAAGAUGACGCCUUUAAUCCAAGCUGCUCGCUAUGGUAAGAGUGCCAAUGUGGAAAUCUUGAUCAGGCUUCAACGAGGCGAUGAAACUGAGACGCCUGUAGCCGUCUUUCAAUCUUUGCUGCGUAACAGACGUACCGCUUUGCACUAUGCUGCUUACUUUGGCCACGCCGAGACAUGCCGUGUCUUGAUCCAGUACAACUGCCCUGUGGAUGCCUUGGAGAACCUGGACAAGCAAACACCUUUGCAUUAUGCUGCCAAGAACGGUUAUUUGGACUGUGUGCGUGUGCUGAUUGAAGAGGGCCAUGCCAACCCUGAAAAGGAUGACAAAUAUGCUAGAAACGCCUUGCAUUUGGCUUGUAUCUAUGGCCAUUUGGACAUUGUUCACUAUCUCUUAUCUAUUGGUGUGGAUGCAAAUGCGCCCGAUAGCUCUCAAAACUACCCUACGCACUACGCUGCUGCCUAUGGUUAUAUCGACAUUUUGCAUCUCUUGAUUGAAUACGGAUCUGCUGACCCUACUUUGCCCAACGUGUGGACUAGCACGCCUUGUUCAGUGGCUAAUAUGAAGGGCCAUAUUGCUAUUGUCAAGUAUCUUUUGCAAUUGCCUGGCAACCCGAUCGAUGUCAAUUUCAAGGAUCAAGAAGGCUGUAGUAUGCUUCAGCGUACCAUUGACGAAGCUGUGGUUUCAGAUAUAGACAUGGAGUUGAAUUUGAGCAAAGCCAAGCUGUUGCUCUCAAUGCAUGCAGAUGUGAAUAGCAAGGACCUUGAAGGCUAUACAUCUCUCCAUCAUUUGGCUGCAAAUACCGCCUUUGCCAAGCUACUUCCUAAAGGCUAUCAAUGCAUCUACCCUGAAAAGAAACAAGGCUACGGUUAUAGGGUCCUCAAGAACACCACCGGGCAUGCUCAAGACGACAUGGAUGGUAUCAAUUACCAGCUGGACAUGGCCAAGCUGCUGAUAGAGCACGGUGCUGAUCUGGACGCCAAGAGCCUCAAGAAUGAAACGCCUCUUGCUACUGCCAUGAGAAACAAGAAUCACUCUCUUGUUGCUGUCUUGAUCAAGGCUGGAUCCAAGUUUUGGCUGGACGUAGAUGAAGAAGGCAACACCUUUUUGCAUUAUUACGCAGUGUUGGCUGCUCGUAUCAACUCUAUUCGUGCUCAUGGUUUUGAAGAAAACAUAGUGAGAAGACAGAGGUUCGAAAAGGCUAUUCAAGAUGUCUGGCAGGCUGCUCAGGAUGUCAUCAAGGAAAAAGGGAUUGAUUUCAAGGAAAUUAUCAAUAAGCCAAAUCACAAGGGCUACAGCUUCUUUGUAUGGGGUUUUCGCAAUGCUGUUGUAUGUGAAAAGACGACCAUGGUGUCUGAAAAGAGACUUGUCUCCAGUGCUCUCACAGCAAAAAAUCAGAAUACCGGAACAUAUGGCUACUACUCUCACGACCAGCCUUCUUGGAUCUCCAGCAAAAAGAUAGACGACUAUGAAGGUGUAUUGGUAUUUGACUUUAGGCUCGACUUUUCCUUCUUUAUUGCUUGCAUGCAAAAGAUCCUCUCUGUCGCCAAGCCUGACUUGAAUGAUUGUGUAGCUCUUCCCAAAGACUUUAAAAAGGAGAAACCACAGGCCAAGCGAACUGAUUAUCCCGUCUUGACAGGCUACACUGCCCUUCACUUUGCUUGUCAAACUCAAUGCGUCGAUUUGAUUGAUUUCGUGUUACGUAGCGGUGCAGAUCCCAACACGCGAGUCAAGGUGGAUGACUGGCUUGGUGAUACGCCUAUGCUGAUGGUCUGCCAUAUCAAGAAGGACAAGAAGCAAGAAAUGCCCAACAAUGACCUGGAGACUGUUGAGUUACUGAACAAGAAAUUCAUUCUGAUCAAACCCGACUUUGAAGAGAUGCUGCAACAGUCUAUGGAGCUCCUUAUAAAGUACAAGGCCUGUCCUUUCAUCGCCAAUGCACAUGGCAUCACCCCUCUCUUCAAGGCAGCUUCCAAGUUGAACCGAUCUCUUGUGCAGAUGAUGUGCGCAGAUGCUACUCCUUCUCGUGGCACUGAUAUCAAUGUCCAAGACGAACGAAACCAAACUGCGUUGACUGUGGCUCUGGAUGCUGUCAUUGGCUUGAUCGAUUCUAACAAGGAGGUGAAUACAUCUGUGAUCAAGGCUCUUUUGAUGAACAAUGCAAAUCCCAAUAUCGUGGACGAGAGCAAGGAAACUGCAUUUACUAAGGUGAUCAGAACUUCGCACGUACCUUUGGUAAAGGUAUUCUUGCAUCAUUCUGCAUUUCCACUGGACCACAAUUGCCAGAACAAGAAUCUCGAGACUGCCCUAAGCAUUGCCUGCAAGUUAAACAACAAGGAUAUUCUGUUUGCCUACCUGGAUCACUUGAAGGAAACCCCUGACCUGGUCAAGACAACCAUCAAUGCAAUUGACGUCAAUGGAUGGACAGCUCUUUCUCAUGCCUGCAAACACGGCAAUGCCACUGCUAUCGACGUGCUACUCUCUAAACUAGGCGCCGAUGCCAACAUAAGCCAACCUCAGCAUGUUCCUCUCUGUGAAGCUGUCAAAAGCGGUAAUAUUGAGUCUGUUCAGCAUCUUUUGGAGCACGGUGCCUUUAUCAAUCAAUGCGACGAGAACCAAAAUACACCUCUACACAAUGCUGUGCUGGUUCAAAAGCACCAUAUUGUAGAAUUAUUGCUGAAACACGCUGCUGAUUGCCACCUUGUCAAUGCCAAGCAACAAGUACCACUGCAUUUAGCCAUUGACGUAGCCAAGAAGCAAACUAAUCGAUCUUUCCGUGUGGAGCGCGCCUUGUUAAAGAAGGGCGCUGACAUCAACGCCACUGAUUUCUUGAACCGUACACCGCUGCAUUAUGCCUUUGUUGACAGCAAUACCAUCCCUCUUACGCGUGAUACCAUUCUGCUCCAAAAGAAAAUGAAGCUGGUCUCUCAAGAAAUCAAACAAGAGCAAGAAAAGCAAGAAAAGUUGGCUUCCUAUGCCACAGAAUUCGACCUUCAUGAUCACGCCAAUAAUGACAGCAUGGCUCAGGUGAACUCUUGGUUGAAGAAUGCCAAAUUGGUGCGCUUGAAUCAAGAACUGGACGAGGAGAAGAAGAAAGCGGCUAGCAACAACCACGAGGAUUUGUACAUGACAGAAGAGGAGAAGCACCAGAUCAGAGCCUAUCACACGUUUCACUUUGAGGCUGAAAAGGAUAUCCCUGAACGCUUUGAUCCUGUUGACAUCUUCAAGUUCCUUUCUCAGUACCAGGACUUGAAGCUGGAUUUGUUGGAUGCCUUUAGUAGAAACCCACUCCACUAUGCUGCUUGUGUUGGCGCUUUCAGUUGCUCAACAUUGAUGAUUGGCAAGGGCGUUGAUAUGAAUGUGGUGGAUAGUGACAAUAACAAUGCAUUGCAAUUAGCUUUGCGCAACAACUACAUCGAUUACUCUGUCAUGCUGUGUAAUAUGGGUGCCUCUGUCAAGCUCAACAUGACGCUGAGAGACGGGACAAUCAUCUCCACGCUUGGAUACAGUCUGUCCAAGUCAUUGAUCAAUGUUGCUUAUCUGAUUAUGGAUCAAGGCUCGCUUCUCAUUGAAUCCAUCAGGGAUGCACUGCAAAAUGGCAAGUUCCAGAUGGUGGAAUUACUAUUGAACUCUGUGGAUGAAGCUGCUCUGUCUGAAUUCAGCACUAAAUCAGGUCAAAACAUGUGGCAUGUCCUGGCUGAUUUCAAUCCUUUUGAUAGAGAGAUCUGGCUGGAUUACAUUGAUGAGUUUGUGGCCAAAGUCAAGGCUGCCAACCCCCCUAUUAUCAAGGACAGCUUUGGACGAACUCCUCUGCACUAUGCUGCCAUGCACGGACAAGACUUACUCCUUGACAGGCUGAUCCAAUUCGACGCUAUUGGUGUCAAUUACUAUGACAUUGAUGGCAAGUCAGAACUGGAUUAUGCCGUCGAAUCCUGCCAGGUGGAUUGUUUGACGAUUCUCUUGAACGCUGGUGCCAUUGUCACCAAAUCAAGUGCUUCGACCAAGAGCAAAUCAGUCCUUUUGCACGCUGUGGAGAACCAGCAGUACGACAUUACUGCUUUAUUGUUGAAGCACACAGCCUUGACGGAUGAUGGCGACAGCGAGAAUGGGUGGCCUAAUGCUGUGAUGAUGGCUUGUCAGCAAAAAAACUUGGCCAUGUUAAAGCUCUUGGUUAGCCAUCAAGCGGAUCCCAACACUCCCAGCCACAUUGAACGUACUGACAAGGAUGGCAAGGUUAUCAAGUUGCUGAUUCAUCCUAUCUUCAUUGCUUCUCAGAUAUCAGAUGUGCGGUUUAUAGAGACCUUGUUGAAAGCUGGAGCCAGCCCUAAUGUGUAUGGGCCUUGUAUUGAACCUGAAAAUGGGCAGUCUUGCUUUAUGUACAAUGUUUCUCUCAAGCACGUCAAGCACCAAGAGAUUUUACUCAGCCACCAUGUUGAUGUGAAUGCUAUUGACCCUACCACAAAGCGAUCCAUCUUUUAUCAGUUCUUUUUUGGUCUCAUGCCCGCUCAAUCGUCGCAUCUUGUACGUAAACCAAGCCCCUUCUACGAGUAUGAUACAACAAUCUACGAAAAGAUGCUUCAAUUGACCUCUGGAUGUCCUCAAGUCAACCAAGUUGACCCAUUCACCAACAUGACACCACUUGAAUUUGCAAUCCGAGACAAGAAGCCUUUGUUGCUACAACGUCUCUUAUCUUUUGGUGCUGAUCCAAACGUGCAGAGUUGCGCCAACUCUACCAACACCUCCUUUGCUCAUGUAGCAAACCCUCGUGGCGUCAAUCUGCCUGCUUACGUUCAUGCCAUCAUUCAGGGCAAUAUGGACAUCCUGGUCUCUAUUUUCGACAUGGCAAGCAGCAAGUUCCACUUUGACUUCGAAUGGAAAGACGAUCAAGGCAACAAUCUUCUUUCUUACGCUGAUGGUAUUGUCAGUGGCCACUCCCAUUGCAACGUCAAUAUCAUGAAGCGAGUGGCUGAUCAACUCACAAAGCCUCUACUAAACAAGCUUUUGCGUAUGAAAAAUGCUAAAGGAAUUGCGCCUAUUGUUUAUGCUUACCGUCGACAAGACAAGACACUGUACAAGCUGUGGGUUGAGUUAGUCCCCAGUAUUGCUUCAUUUGCUGUCAACAACUACAGCAAGGAUGAUUUCCCGCAACAUAGUGCUGUAUCACCCAUGGAAGUAGAUCAUAUAUCUUUGGUCCAAGUCGAUCAUGAUGCUCAAAUUGAGCGUGAACACUUGCAACACUUGAAGGAUUUGGAAAAAGCUCAGGAUGCAUCAGCGCAAUCCAAUGAAGAAGAUGAUAAGCUCAAGGUAGAUCUUUACGCUAACCUGAGUAAAGUGGGUGUGCUUGCCAUGGAUGCAUCGGAUCAGCCUUAUGAUAUCAUGCUGAUGAAGGUGGAAUUGAAGAGUUGGGGGUCCACAGAUACAUCCUUCUACAAGCUGAGCGUUAUUUUCAACAAAGUAUUGAGUGUGUACGUUCUCUGGACUCGUUGGGGACCUUUUGGGCAGGAAGGACAGCACCAAAAGACGCCCUUUUUGACAAAAGAAGAAGCCGUGGUUGAAUUCAAGUCGAUUUUCAAGGCGAAAACAGGCAACAACUGGGAAGGCCAUGACACAUCUUUUGAGCCCAAGCCCAAUCGUUAUGAAAUCAUGAAGAUAGCACACCAUCCCAAGGAUGCCAUCAUUGAUAACUUUGAUUUCCUAGACUCAUCGGUUCCCUCUGAUUUGACUGAAGAGAUUGCCAAUGUCAUGAAAUUGAUCUGCAACUAUACUUACCUCUCUCGCGUCUACUCUGAUACUCGCAUCGAUAUGCCUUUGGGUCAAGUGCCUCAGAAGCGUAUUGAAGAUGCUCGUGAUUUGUUGAAUGAGACCUAUGAGUUGAUCAAAACGUACAAGCAAUUAAAGAGUUGUUAUUCUGACAAGGCAAAGAUUCAAGAGUCCAAAGUAUACGCUUUCAAGAUUGCCCAAAAGUGUGUUGCUUAUUCCCGUCUGUUGCCUCGUCAUGGUGAAGCAAAUCAAGCCAUUCGAUCACUGUACAACCACGACAACAGUGUGAUCAGAGAUGAGCUUUCCAAGCUUGCUGAUCUCAGCUACGUUGGUUUUGCAGCAAAUGUCAUUUUAGCAGCCAAGCACCAUGUCGACUCGAUCAAUCCACUAGACUAUGCAUUCCGCACACUUGAUUGCUCUUUGAAAUCCAUGUCGCCUUCUGAUGACCUGAAUGAAUACCAACUGGUUACCAAAUACAUGAACUCUACCUCUAAAUCCAAGUUUGACCUAGUCCAUCUCUUUGCUGUGAAUAGAGCUGACGAAGCAGCCAGAUUUCGUCCUUUUGAAAAGGAAGCAAAUCGUAAAUUAUUGUGGCAUGGCUCUCGUGUUGGUAACUUUAUGGGUAUUCUCAAACAGGGGCUUCGAGCCACACCUCGUACUUCGAGCAAAAAUGGUGCUUUGCUGGGCGAUGGUAUCUACUUUGCAGACACAUUCUCCAAAUCAUUAAACUAUUCAACAGAAAUUUUCGGGAGCCACAGAUCAGCCUACAGAUUGAUGUUGCUUUGCGAAGUAGCCUUGGGCAAAGAAAAGGUGUAUGGAGAAAACAGUGGUGAAAUAGAUCAAGAGUGCGAUUCAAUGAAAGGGAAAGGUCAAAACAUUCCAGAUCCUGAGAAUACUGUCUAUGAUGAGAGUGGUCUGUGUGUUCCAAUUGGGCCUUGCAUUCCCAACACUCAGCAAACUACUCAAGAUACCCAAAAUCAACUGUUUGGAUACAGUGCUCCAGUUACACUCAAUUUCAAUGAAUGGGCCGUCUACAAUGAACACCGCGUCAAGAUUCGCUAUCUUUUGAUCAUCAAAGAAGCCAAUAGCUGCUCCCUUUGUCUUGCUCCCAACGUUCAGAAACAUUUACUGAAGCCCUACCGUGAUCAAAAGUUCAAUGACUACAACUUCAAAGGAUUCAACGUGUACGAAUCUGAAGUUGUCAAGGCCUACCUUACGCACGCAAACAAAACCCCUCAAGAUAUAUACAAGGAAGAUGUGGAACACUUUGUUAGCACCAAGGCCUACAAGAAUAAAUGGGAUACACCUUUGGAUUUGCAAAAGGACAGCAAAAUCUGCUACGAUUGUGCAAAGAAAAUCACCACUGUGCUUUUGGAUAGACGAAUUUCACGCAACAAGGAAUCAAAUAAGAUCAUUGCCAAAAUUAACAAGAAACCUCGCUGCAAGUACGGUAAAGAAUGCCGCACUCAAUCCAAGAUUGACCAUGCCGCAAAGUACAAGCAUUGGUUUAUGAAGAACAUCUCUGAUGCACCUCUCAAUCCACUCAUGCAACUUAUGGGAGGACCCUUGUCCAGACACAGCGACCUAGAUGACGACGACUAUAAAUCUGAAGAUAUUGAAGACACUAACGAGGAAUCCAAUGAGGAGGAAGGCGAAGAUCAUAUGGAUACUGAUGAUGAUUUGAUGGAUCUCGACGACAAUUAA